AUUAGAGUUAGGCUCGCCAUUAAACAACACUCAUCUCCCCCUCCCCCUUGAAACCCUAGCUCCGCUUCGCCGUCGUCCUCCUCCUCCUCCCCGGCGGCGGCGGCGGCGGCCAUGGCGUCCGCGGCGGCGCCGAAGCGGUGCUACUACGAGGUCCUGGGCGUCCCCCGCGACUGCUCCCCGGCCGACAUCAAGCUCGCCUUCCGCCGCCUCGCGCUCUCCCUCCACCCCGACAAGCAGCCCCCCGGCUCCGACGUCGCCGCCGCCACCGCCGCCUUCCAGGAGCUCCAGCACGCGCACUCCGUCCUCUCCGACCCCCACGAGCGCUCCUACUACGACUCCCACCGCUCCCAGAUCCUCUUCUCCGACCACCACCCCUCCUCCGGCCCCGGCCGCGGCGGCGGCGUCGCCUCCGCCUCCGCGUCCCCCGUCCCCGACCUCUUCGCCUUCUUCUCCUCCUCCGCCUUCUCCGGCUUCUCCGACUCCGGCCGCGGCUUCUACAAGGUCUACGGCGACGUCUUCGACCGGGUCUUCGCGCAGGAGCUCGCCUACGCCCGCCGCAUGGGCAUGCCCGCCGACGCCGUCCCCACGCCGCCGGUGAUCGGGAACCUCGAUUCCCCCCACGCGCAGGUCGCCGCGUUCUACAGCUACUGGCUCGGGUUCGGCACCGCGAUGGACUUCGGGUGGGCGGCCGAGUGGGACGCCGCGCGGGGGGAGAGCCGCCGGGUGAGGCGGCUCAUGGAGGAGGACAACAAGAAGGCGACGCGCAAGGCGCGGCGGGAGUACAACGACGCCGUGAGAGGGCUCGCCGCGUUCUGCAAGAAGAGGGACAAGCGGGUGGUGGACAUGGCGCUGAAGAAGAAGGUGGAGGAGGAGAAGAGGAAGGCGGAGGAGGCGGCGAGGAAGAAGGAGGAGGAGAGGAGGAGGAAGGAGCGAGCGAUGGCGUACCAGGAGCCCGAGUGGGCGAGGGUGGACGAGGAUGAGGCGGCGGUGUUUGAGGACGACGAGGAGGAGGAGACGAGGGCGAAGAGGAAGGAGGAGCUGUACUGCGUGGCGUGUAAUAAGAAGUUCAAGUCCGACAAGCAGUGGAAGAACCAUGAGCAGUCAAAGAAGCAUAGAGAUAAGGUGUCCGAGCUGAGGAUGGUGUUUGAAGAAGAGGAAGAAGCUUUGAAGGAUGCUGAAGAAGAGGAGCCAGAAGAAGUUGAUGUGGGGUUUGAUUUUCAGCCUGCACAGGAAUCAGAGGAGAGUGAAUUUUCAGAUGCUGCUGAAGAGUUGGCUGACGAGUUGAGCGAGGGAUUGGAGGUGCGUGAUGAAGAAGAGAAGGGUGAUAAGCACUUGGGUAAUGGGGAACAAAAGGUUGGUUCAUAUGAUGAAACCAGUGUGUUAGAGGAAAUGCUAUCGAGGUCUAGGCGCAAGAAUAGGAAGAGUGGUUUUGUCGCUCCUCAGGAGGAAGCUUCACCAGCUGGUGCCAUGGAUGAUGAUGACGAUGAGGAUACAAGCUAUGAGAUUAAUAAUGUCAAAAAGAAAGGACGCCGGAGACGGGCAGCAAAGAAGGGAGGUACUUAUGCUGAUAAUGGGCAAGGUAGGAAGAGUGAGAAUCAGCCUGAGGAAUCCAGGCAUAAUAAUGAUGAAAAUGGUGCUGAUGAUAAGAUGGAAGGUCCAUCUUCUAAUGAAGACAGUGCUGCAGCAAGUAAAGAAGAUCAGCAGAAAGGAAAAACCGGUAAUACUAAAAAGAACAAGAAAGGCACAGAAAAGAACACAACUAUAUCUUCUGAACAAAAGGGUACAUCGAAGGGAAAGAAGCAAAAGGAGGUUUCAAAGGCACCCAGUAAUGACUGUGAAACGUGUGGAUCAACGUUUGACUCAAGGAACAAGUUGUUUUCUCACUUGGAAGAAACAGGUCAUGCAAUGCUGAAGACACGACAGAAAAAUCGCUGAAGAGGACAAGAAAGUAGUUUUCUUUUACCGUUUGUCCCAGUUGAUGCUGAUAGAUUAGCACAUCGACAAAAAGGCCAUAUAUCUGGUUUAUAGCCCAAUUUUGAUAUGUGUAGUAGAGCCGUUUUCUUUCUUCCUGGAUUUGUUUCAUUGGUUUGUGGUACAGAAUGACAAGAACUAAUUAUUAUUAUUCAAUCGAAAUACACACCAUCUUGUAAUUUUUCUCCC